AUGAAAAUAGAGAGAAAGGAGAUUAUUGAAGAAGCAAAGAAGCAGCUAUGGUUGGCAGUGCCAAUGGUAAUUGUUUGUAUCUUUCAAAAUCUACAAAUUAUAACUCUCAUGUUUGUAGGACAUUUGAAUCAAGAUUUGCUUCUUGCUGGUGCUUCUUUGGCUAUUUCAAUUCUCAACGUCAUUGGUUUCAAUGUAAUGAUGGGUGUGUCAAGUGCACUAGACACAUUUUGUGGUCAAGCAUAUGGAGCAAAGCAAUAUCAUAUGGUUGGCAUAUACACACAAAGAGCCAUGUUGGUUACCACCCUUGUUAGUAUACCCUUGUCAAUUAUAUGGGCAUACUUAGAACCUAUUUUGGUGAUUUUACAUCAAGACCAAACUAUUGCAGCACAAGCUCAAUUAUUUGCUCGUUACUCAAUUCCUAGCCUUGCUGCCAAUGGCCUUCUUAGGUGCAUUGUUAAAUUCUUGCAAACUCAAAACAUAGUUUUUCCCAUGGUGUUGGCUAAUGGAAUCACUACCUUAGUACAUGUCCUUCUAUGUUGGACAUUGGUUAUAAAUUUAGGGUUUGGUAUCAAAGGAGCUGCUAUUGCACUUUGCAUAUCAAAUUGGUUUAAUGUGAUACUAUUGCUACUUUACAUCAAGUUCUCCUCUUCAUGUAAAAGGACUUGGGUUGGUUUAUCAAUGGAAUCCUUGCACAACAUCCCUCAAUUUCUCAAACUUGCUUUUCCUUCAGCAGUCAUGGUUUGUUUAGAAUCAUGGACAUUUGAACUAAUGGUGCUUCUUUCUGGUGCUCUUCCCAAUCCAAAAUUGCAAACAUCAGUGCUUUCUAUAUGUAUUAAUAUAUUGGGUACAUUCUGGAUGGUGCCAUUCGGAGUUAGUGUUGCAGGAAGGUUAGUCUUUCAUGCUAAACAUGAUUAA